AUGACGGAGACCUUCAUAAGAGUGAGGGCGGAGAACGACGUCCUCUUUACUGGGGCGACGUUCUCCGCCAGCACGUCCCGGAGGACUAUCCUGGAAAAGCUUGACCUGCAGGAGGUGGCCACGCCCCUGCAGGAGGUGGCCACGCCCCUGCAGGAGGUGGUCACGCCCCUGCAGGGGGUGGCCACGCCCCUGCAGGAGGUGGCCACGCCCCUGCAGGAGGUGGCCACGCCCCUGCAAGAGGUGGCCACGCCCCUGCAGGAGGUGGCCACGCCCCUGCAGGAGGUGGUCACGCCCCUGCAGGCCCGGCCAAGCCAGGCCAGAGAGCAGGAGCCGGAGCAGGAGGAGGAAGAGCCAGAGGCGGAGCAGCAGAGAGGAACGGGAAGGAAGAGGAAGAAGGAGAGCGAGCUGGUGGAGCUGUACAGGGAGGAUCUGAGGAUGCAGAGGGAGGAGGAUGAGCGGCGGGCACAGCAGAGGGAGGAGGAUGAGCGGCGGGCACAGCAGAGGGAGGAGGAUGAGCGGCGGGCACAGCAGAGGGAGGAGGAUGAGCGGCGGGCACAGCAGAGGGAGGAGGAUGAGCGGCGGGCACAGCAGAGGGAGGAGGAUGAGCGGCGGGCACAGCAGAGGGAGGAGGAUGAGCGGCGGGCACAGCAGAGGGAGGAGGAUGAGCGGCGGGCACAGCAGAGGGAGGAGGAUGAGCGGCGGGCACAGCAGAGGGAGGAGGAUGAGCGGCGGGCACAGCAGAGGAGUGCCAAUUUUGACAGUUUGGUCUCCUCGAAAAGCUGA